AUGCUUGCAGCAGGAAAAACAUCCGUUGGUUAUAAAUAUCUCUUAACAGAAGAUGUACGACUUGGCAAAUUUGGAAAUUUGCCUAAAGAACGUCAAGGGCGUUGUCGUAACAUAUUUGUAACUGUGAAUUUUGGUGAUCAAUUUUUAAAGCGUUACUCUCCCGAAAGAAUAUCUUCCAAGGUUCACGAAAGUAAUACAUUUCGAGAUACAAGUGGUUCAAGUGCUCUGCUUAGAAUCCUUAGAGUCGUGUCACAGAAGCUUGAACGUAAAGCAUUUGAUGAAAUGAUGUCAUCGAUAAAAGUGGAGAAAACUCUUGAGUUCGUGAUUAAUGAAAUUUUGAAGAAAUAUGUCACGAAAAAUGCAGCUGCAAGAAAACAGGUAUUCUAUGGCUGGUAUAUUAAUUCUUUAUUUUCAAGUUCUGCAUUACAACAUUUGGCAAGAGAAUGUGGUUGUCAACAGAGGAAAGUUGUAAAAUGUCCAACGAAUGCAAAAUAUCGCACAAUUGAUGGCACUUGCAAUAACAUUCAAAAUCCUUCGUUCGGUUCUGCUCCUAAAUCUUUGAAUCGUUUACUGCCUGCAAAAUAUUUUGACGUUGAAGGUCUUAGCGACCCUAUCGGAUAUCCAGGUCAAGCGAAUGUUCCAGAUAUUCCAGCAACAUUUAAAGUAGUUCGUGAGUUUAUCAUCCAACAAAACCAUCCCUCAAAAAGCAGAAAUCGUCACUCUCAUGCGCUCAUGCAGUUUGGACAAUUCUUGGAUCAUGAUUUGGAUCUUUCCCCAGAAAGCCAAAGUUCAGAUAACUGUCAAAAUGUGAAAUGUGAUGGGUCAAUCGAGGAUAAUGCCGUACCGUGUUAUACCAUAACACCACUUGAUAAAUUCAGAUGCAUUCAUUUUGCAAGAUCAGCAACAGAAUGUCAGAUCAAAUAUGGUCGUAUAACUACAAGACAGCAAAUUAAUGUUAAUACAGCAUUCAUUGAUGCCUCGCAGGUUUAUGGAUCUACGCAAAUGUUGGCAAAAAAUUUGAGAGAUCAGACUAACGACAAGGGAUUGAUGAAAACAGCUCCAGGUAUAAAUGGUGAUUUUCUCCCACCCGAUAAUCGUCCAGAAAUGAGCAGUCUUUGUAGGAAAUCCGGAGGAUGUUUCAUAGCGGGCGAUACUCGUUCCAAUGAACAGAUGGUUCUAGCAACUAUGCAUACUUUGUUCCUUAGAGAACAUAACAGAAUUGCACGAGCAUUAGGAAAACUUAAUCCCCAAUGGAACGGAGAGAAAACGUACCAGGAAACGAGAAAAAUAGUUGGUGCUGUAUUACAAAAAAUCACGUAUGAAGAUUUUCUUCCAAUAAUCAUCGGACAUACUUUGCCUCAAUAUGAAGGCUACAAUUCAAACAUCAAUCCCGGUAUCCUCAACUCGUUCUCCACAGCUGCAUUCAGAUUUGGACACAGUCUAAUUAGGCCAUCAUUUGACAGACUUGAUGCACAUUACAAUCCUACUGGAGAUCCUUUGCUAUUGCGUCAUCUUUUUUCUAACAAUACUUUCAUACGUAAACACGGUAUAGAUGAAGUCGUUCUCGGUUUACUCGGCAAUUCCUCGGAAACAGUAGACCGGAAACUUGCAGUUGGUGUGUUAAAUCAUCUAUACGAACGUCCGCAUUCGCCUGGAUUAAAUCUCGCUGCAUUGAACAUUCAGCGUGGGAGAGAUCACGGACUGCCUGGUUAUAACGCGUUCAGACGUUAUUGCGGAUUAGGAUAUGCCAGAACCUUUAGAAGUACUGUCAGAGAAAUUCCAAACCGUCGUAAUAGGCGUCUUCUAGCAAAGCUGUAUAGAAACAAACCUGAUAUCGCAGACUUGUGGGUGGCAGGUUUAGCCGAGACUCCGGCAAAUGGCGGUCUUGUUGGAGCGACUUUUGGAUGUAUCAUUCGAGAACAGAUGAAAAGAGCAAGAGAUGGAGACAGAUUCUUCUACACGAAGGACGACGUUUUUUCACAUCAACAAUUACACGAGAUAAAAAAGGCAACGUUGUCGAAGGUUAUAUGCGAUAACUUAAAAAACAUUGUUUCAAUUCAGAAAAAUGCAUUCUUAACCGGAAGUAGGAGGUAUCGUCGUGUGGAAUGUGGUCAGAUUCCUGGCAUUGAUCUUACACCGUGGAAAGACCCUGGCGACACCAAAUUCUAAUUUAUUCUGGUCAAGUCUUAACGAAGAAACUGCAUGUUUAAGUGAAUUAAGACC